AUGCGGCCGGGUUUUAACUCCAGUGGGACGGAGAUCGAGGUCUGUCCUGUUCCGGAAGUCGAAGGGAUACCGGAAGAUCCUAGGACGGCGAUUCUUCGGCGCAUCAGCUAUGGCGUCGUUCUUCCUGGCGUGUGUCUUCUAGGGAUCGUCGGCAACAUCCUUAAUCUCGUGGUCCUGACCAGACGCAACAUGCGAGGGACCGCCUAUGUAUACAUGAGAGGGUACUCAGCCGCAGCUUUGCUGGCCAUCAUUUUCUGCAUCCCCUUCGCCAUGAGGGUCCUGCUGUACAAGGAGACCGGGAGCUGGAGCAACAAGGUCCAGGCUUUUUAUCACACGCAUCUGGAGCUCUUCCUCGGGAACGGAUGUCUGGGGGUCGGAGUGCUGAUGCUGCUGGCCUUGACGGUGGAGAGAUACGCGAGCGUGUGUCAUCCUGGUGCCCGGUCGCUUCCGGUCUGCGGACCGCCCAAUCUGACGGUCUUCCUCAUCCCUUUGGCCACCUUCUUGCUCUACCUCCCCGGGGUCUUUCGGUCGAAAAUGACGAGCUGCCUGCUACCCACCGAUGGCCGGCUCAUCUAUCAAAAGCGGGAGGAUCUCCUCUUCCUGCAUUCCGUCUUUUACCAGGUCUACAAGGUGGUCCUGGAGCUGAUCUUCAAGGUGGGGCCGACGAUUCUGCUGGCGGUCCUCAACCUCCGCAUCAUGAUCGUCUACCGCAGGACCUGCGAACGCAGGCGCAGGAUGACCCUGUCCAGGACCUCCAGCUCCGACGAAGACUCCAGAACCUUUGCCGAGGAGAGGAGGCUCAUCAUGCUCCUGGGCAGCACGAGCAUCCUCUUCUUGGUCUGCGUCAGCCCAAUGGUCAUCCUGAACGUCACUCUCAGCGAGAACAAUCUCAGCCUCUAUCCCUAUCAGGUGUUCCGGGCGCUGGCGAACCUGCUGGAGGUCAUCAACUACUCCAUCACUUUCUACAUUUACUGCCUGUUUUCCGAGGACUUCCGGAGCACCCUGGCUCGCACCUUCGGGUGUCCUUGGUCGGUUCUGGGCUCCAAAUUCCGGGAUAGACCGGGAGGUCGAGGUCGCUCCCCGAAAAAGCGUUCUCCUGUGCCGAGGUCGACCACCACCGCGACGUCCUCGACCCCGGGCUGCGUUCCGGCAAGUGUCUGAAAGAUCCAGCCAAUGAUAUCGAUCGUAUCGAU